AUGACUGAAGAAAAUUUACUCUAUGCUGCAGAUUACUUUGCUUUUUUGGGUAAAAAAAUAUCCGAUCAUGAAAUUUAAUCGAUGCUACCUUUUUUUGAUUGUGAAGAACCUGGUCAUUAGGGAAAUGCUUUGGAUUAAGUUUGUUUGGAUUCUGAAUGCAAGUACAAGGGACUUUGUUGUGUGAGAUGUCAAUAUCAAAAGCAUAGGUUUCACCCCAAUUCAGUUUAUCCUUUACAUACCUUUGUCUCAUAAUUGAUCAAUCAACUUUCUAGUAGGAAGAUUAUUUUGGAAGAGUAGAGAAAAAAAUGUAACCUAUAUCGAGAUGUGGUAAUUUCGAUAUUGAGGGAUUACUUGAAUAACAUCAUUGAGCAUAUGUCUAUAAUAGUUGCUUCAUUGCAUAAAUAUUUUACAAGUUUCGAAAAUGCAUUUGAAACUACAAUAAUAAAAAGUCAUAUAAUAGCGCAUUCCUUAAUUUACAAGAAACACAUACCAAAGGAUAAGUUUGAAAAAUUUGUAAGAGAAGGCAUAAAAGGAGUCUCUUUUUAAAACCAAGAACCCAAGAAAACAGUUUCAAACGAUUAUUAUAUUUUAAAUUAAAGUAAACCCACUAGAUUAGAAGAAAAGCUUAAGUAAGAGUACGGAAACAUUAUAAUUAAUGAAUAGGAAAAAGCAUUUGAGAUGACUUCAGAUUACAUUGAUAUCAUGUAGAAUGUUGCUUAAAAGUUAUAAACAAUAUUAAAGAAGUCUUAAGAUUAUUUGGCAGUGGAAGUCGAUUUGAAUAAAUUGUCACCUCGAAUACCAAAAUUUGAGUUGGCAUAACUCUAGGAAUUCGAUUAAAAAUUUAAAAAGCAAUUCCAAGUAGAUGGAGCAUUCAGUAUUUUCAAAGGAAUACCUCCUCCAGCUCCUCAAAAAAAGGAACAAGAACAAAUUGUGAAAUUAAACACUUCUGCCAUUCCUACUUUAAACGAUUAUCUACAUAAAGAGACCCAAAAUACCAUAAUAGAUCCUUCUCGACAAAAGUGUAUUUUGGGCAUGUUGUUUGAGACAUUGAGCAAUUGUUCUAUAUUGAAAUUAGGGAGUGUAAAAUCCACGUAAUCAGAAGUCAGUUGUUUUGUUCCAUUGAAUUCAGAGCUAAUAGCUAUAGCGUAUUACUAUAAUUAAAUGUAGAGCUCGGUUUAAUCCGUAUAUCGAAGUGUAUAGGAUUUAGGACAAGAAAAUAAUCCAAAAGAUUGACACUAAAAGCCAAUAAGGAGUGAAAUGCUUAUUGGCAAUGAGUAAGCCUUUGUUGUACACCAAUACAACAGCUGAAAGUGAGAUAACGUUGGUAGUUGGUUAAUAUUAUGACUCUGGAUAGUUAUUGUCUUAUCAGUUGCAGAUUUUCAGAAAUGAAGGUCGAUACACAAUUAAUUCUUAGCCAGCAGGGUAAUUUCAUAAACCUGAUCAAUAAUCUGCAGCCACUUGUUUUGCGGAAUUAUAUUCAGGUGAGUUUUUUGUGGCAGGAUACUCUACUGGGAGUGUUUCGAUAUAUCAUAUAUAGAAUCCAUAGGCUUUGCAUGGUAUUUAGAAUGAAUUUAAUAGUUCUGAAUUUUCUGUAUGAGAAGCCAGUACAAGGAAUAAGUAUUGUGGAACCUGGAAAACUGUUCAUGACAUUUUCAUAAGAUAAAAGCAGAUUGCAUAUGAUUAAUAGUAUAAAUUCAGAAAGAGUUGUGCAUAAUGUGUCACAAGUAAAGAUGUUGGCCAACAAUACCUUUUAAAUCAUAAGUACGGAUGCAUUAAAUGAUGAUAAGAGUACAUUAAAGUUAAUGCAUUUUGUUUGUGGGGAAUAGUAUUAAAUUGAAUUAUAUUAAGAAAGGAAUAUCAUGGAGGCGAUUAGAAAGAGCAAGGAUUGAGAUUUCUGAGGAUGAUGAAAGAUGAUUCCAAGUUGUCUUUGGUUGAAGAAGGCAGCAUAUCCAAUUUUAGAGAUUUGGGAGUUUAGAAUUCAGUCAAAGAUCUGAUUGUUUUGGAGCCCAGGAAGAAAAUGAGUAAGAUUUGGGUGUUGGCUGUCGGGGAAAAUAACAAAUUGCAAUUGUGGGAAGUGAGAAGAGCUAUGAGUUAGGUAAACAUAUGAGGAAAUAAUAAUAGAAUAUCAAAUUAUGGGAAAAGGAUUUGGAAGAUUUCUUAAAGCCUAUUAAUCACAGUAUAAUCAAAGGGAAAAUGAUUGCGGAAAGUCAGGAGUAUACAACAUUGAAAUACUUUGAUGUGGGACCUAAGGUUAACAUUUUAAGGGUUACAGAGAAUCCAUAAAAUGGGAGGUUCAACAUUUUAAUCGGAGUCAUAAAUCACGAAAGCAAAACAGAUGUGGAUAUCUUUGAUGUGGAACUCAUGAGUUAUUGA